AUGGUGGCAGUGAAAGACCGCCGCCCAGCGCAGGGUGAAGCUAUGCUGCUGGUGGCAGGGCCAAUCACAUCUCGGAUUCAAGCGAUCCAGGCAAGAUAUGAGUUCAUGUCCAAGACCGACCGUGCACACAUGGAGGGCAUCGUGGUUGCCAAAAGUGUGGAUGGCGAAAUUGUGGGCAAAGAUGGACGACCGCGGAGGGAAAUCAGAGAGGGUUUGGGCUACGCUCCAAGCAACCCUCCACCUCCAAGAGAGCCAUCUCCAUGGUUGCUGCGAGAUCCACAAGAGGGGCAUGGCCAGCAACAAGUGCCAAGCGAGGCCAGAUUUGGCGCGCAGCCAGAGCAUCCUCAAAGUGAAAGCCAUGCCUCUUUCUCUGAGGUACAGUCAUAUCAAGCAUGGCAAAAGGCUGAUGCCUGGCCCGCGAGCCCUGAAAACAGCAUUUCGAGCAUGCCAUCUAUGCCCAGCAGACCCAGCAGGUUCAAUCAGGAAGAUGAGAUGGUUAAUGGCUACAGGCCGCAUCGAAUGGAGGAGGUGAUAGACUGGCAAAGUCCAGAAAGGAACGGCCGAAAUGGCAGGGCGUUUGAAUCCACGAACGAGAGCAGAGAGUGGGAGAGGCAGCCAGCAAUCUUCCAUGAGCAACCAGAAGCUGUUCAUGAAAUCCCAACUGAGGAUCCAUGGCUUCAGGAGGAGAACUUCUCGAAGCGCCAAGAUUGGAACUCUCAUGAUCCAAUAGAACCCCAAAGGCAACCAGGAAAGUUCCUGGAACAACUUCCAGACCCAGCAGAGCCAGAAAGGCGGAUGCCGACAUUGCCACGCAAAACUACUGGUUAUGAGCAGGCAUUGCAAGCUCUGGCAUCAGCAACAGAAGCUGCACCGCGCGUGGAGGCCAUGUUGCUCAGCAGUGCUUCAACUGGUAGCCAGCGGGCAGAGCUUUCGGUGAUUUUAGGAAUUGAGGUGCUGUUCCAAUC